CACAAUCGCGUUUUCUUUAUCUACCACAAAAACGAAGAACACCACUCACCUAACAUUCGAACCCUUCAAAGAGACGAAACCGUUCUCAUCGGCUAUUCAAUCUCUCUAAAACUUUUUCCCCCUCUUCUCUUCGAUUCAUCUAUCUAUCAGGUGGCUAAUUCUGCAACUGGAAGCUAGAACGAGAAGAGUAAUACACUGAUGAUGAAGAUGGUGGCAACCAUGGAUCUUGUGUCAGAGAAAUGAGAAGUUAGUUUCAAUGUUGAUGUGAUAAAUGACAAGGAUGACCAUGGGUCUCCUUGUUAACCUGGCUUCUAGGACACUAUUGGUUCGGUUAACUAUUGGUUCACUCAACCAUAUACUAUGUAGUCAAUAAGUAAUGACCGUGAUUGUCUGGAGUUAAAUAAACUGGAUUAGAGAGAACCAGUUUCAAGAAAUUAAGUUAUUUAAGCUGCCAUAAUGAGCCGUCCACAGGACCCACAUCCACCCCGGUCUUUCUUCCCUUUUGGAAAUCCUUUUCGGAAGAUAUCACCUAAAGGCUCUCGCAAGUCUCCACAACUUCUUGCAGUACUACAUGCUUUUGAGGCAACAGUGGCAGAGAGGCUCAGAAAACUUAUGCCCAAAAGCAAGGAUGAAAUCCUCAGCUUAUCUUGGAUGACUCUAGCUAUGAAGUCACUUUGUGAAACUCAUAAUGACAUACGAACCCUUAUAAUAGAUCUUGAGCUGCCUGUGAGUAAUUGGGAUGACAAAUGGAUUGAUCUGUACUUGGACAUAAGUACAAAGUUGUUAGAUAUUUGCAAUGCAUUUAGUUCCGAGCUAUCAAGGCUGAAUCAAGGUAAUCUUCCUCUGAAGUGUGCAUUGCACAAUUUGAACUCUGUCUCUUCAAAGUUGUUUGUCCGGGCCUGUUCUUUCCUUGAUGAUUGGAGGCAACAAGUUAAUUCUAGGAACCCUAGAAUUGAAAAAUGCCACAGCAUUUUAGAUGAUCUUGUGGGAUCACUUGAUCUUCCUAAGGUUAAAAAUUCUGCCAAAGGUCAAGUUUUGAUGCAAGCCAUGUAUAGUGUCAAGGUGGAGACUAUAUUUAUUUGCAGUGUGUUUACUGCGGCAUUCUCUGGCUCUUCAAAGAAGUUGUUAGAUUUGGAUGUGGCUGACGUUUAUUCAUGGGCUCCAGCUUUUAUAAGUUUGCAGAACCUUGUAAAUGAGGAGAUUAGAGUUAGAUUUUCUAGUGGGAAUUUUUCUGUAAUGAGUGAGUUGGAAACUGUUGAUGCCGUUGUGAAGGAGUUGUAUCCUACUAUCCAGGGCGGUGGUGGUGAUGCCAUGGAGACAGAAUCACUUCUGAAGACUGUUGAGGAAUUAGGCGGGGCCACAGAGAAGCUUUCCCAAGGAAUGGAUCUUCUUUCAAAGGAAGUGGAUGGAUUUUUCCAAGCAGUUUUGACUAGCCGUGAUACUUUGCUAUCUGCUAUGAGGUUUGAUGAUAAGAAUGUAAAUGAUCGUGUAGUUGGCCGUAACAUAGUUAAGCAAGUAGUGCACUAAAUAUGUGUUAGCUUAACUGGUAGGUAAUGUUAGGUUGGGAGGUUUUCAAUGUUGUGUUUUUACUAUUUAGUUUUAUAUUUCAAGUUAGUAUAUGUGGGAGUGGGAUGUCAAACAAUGAAAUAUAUAUUAAGUUUAAUUUCGCCUA